GACCAACUCCUGGUUGGUUUUAGUUGUCCACUGUUAGUUACGCCAUUUUCAUUUUUUCAAUGGAGUAAACAGGAGCGUGAAUGAAGUGGUCGGCGUAAUCAAACAGCUAACAUAUAAUUACCAAACGUACACCAACAUUUUCAACAAAACGGCAGUUUGUUAAGGAUUUAAAAAAAUAUACAGUUUUCCAAUUCAAAUUAUUUUGCCUCGUUUCACUGCAGGCCGCAAUGUUCCGCGGACGGCCGCACCGGGGAGGCAAGGAGAGAGGAGGGGGGCAUCCACGGCAUUACACACCUCGGGGUCCGCCGGGCUCCUCGCCACCUCGACACUCGCCUCCGCCGGGGGGAUACCGGGACGAGCGGGAUGACAGGGAACGUCACCACUUCUCUGGGUACCGGGAAAAGCCUGAUGGCUACCGACGCUCACCUGCAGAGAGGAGGUAUCCCUCCCCGGGCAGGGGCAGUAACCGAGGACCGGUGAUCGAGUACCGUGGGCCUCCACAAAGGGAUCAUCCAGAUCGGAGACUGUCUCCAUCUCCACCGCAUUCUGGCAUCCCACUUGAUCACAGUUUGAUAAUCACUGUUGGGAAUGAACGGAGCCAUAGUGUCUCACCAGACCACAGGAGAGUUGACCCUCCAAUCAAUCACAGAUACAGGGAUGAUCUAGAGGAAGACUACAGCAGAAAUCCUCUACCCCAAAGAAAAUUUUCUUCUUCGCAUGACCGGGAAGAACAUGACUUCCACGGGGGGAGCCCACAUUACCCUCACAGGCGAGAGGAGGGACCUGGGGGAAGCAGCAGAGAAAGAGAAAAGUUCCAUAAGCUCCACUACCUGCCCAUGGAAGCCAAGAGACCCAAGUAUGACAUGGAGCCUGAGGGCAGGGGUUACAGCUCAGAGAGGUCCCGUCGGCCUGAGCGCACUGUGGAGAGGGGCCGCAGAAGCCGCAGCAGAGGCAAGAGCAGGGGCCGAAGCAGAAGUCGCAGCAGGGACAAGAGUAGGGGCCGGAGCCGCAGUGCCAGCCCACUCAAAGGCCGUUUAAAAAAUGACACCAGCGAAGGUUUCCGGGAGCUGGCGCAGGCCCGCAAGAGAAAGGAGAAGGAGGAGCUGGAGAGGCUGGAGCGGGCGGUCGCUCAGCGGGAGAUGGGUGGAACUAAAGGUUAUGGAAUCCCUGGGCUGCCUAGCCGGUCGACCGAGGCCGCUGAGUUCAGGCAGCAGCGAGUCGAUGAAGUGCCACCAAUGCCUAAAAAGUCUAUUCUUAAGAAACGCGUUGAGCCUGAAAUGGAUCCUGCCGACAGCAUUCAGAGCAGUGACUACUCCAGCGGAGCCCCUGGAGUGCAGCGAAGCAGCAGUUUAUCUGCAGAGGCUGAGCGUUUCCUCAACACUCUCAACAGAGGCAUGGAUUCUGAGCUAUUUUCUUCUCUGCUAAGAGAAGCAAGAGAGGAGACUUAUGCCAAAGAGACAAAAGGGAAGCUUACUGAAGGUUCAUUCCUCUAUGAUGAGCAUUAUGAGGAAUCCUUUAAGAAAGCAGAGCCAGAGAAGCCUGUGGAGAGCGCUGGUGAAUUCCUCCUGCCACACGAGAGGGUCAGUCAGGAUGGCAGUGGGUUUUCCAGAAUUUUAGGAAUGAUGGGUGAGUUCCCCAGCCCACAGGAAAAGCCAAGAAGUUCUCCAGAUAUUGAAGAUGAAGAAAAAUUCCUCUAUGGAGAAGAGGAAGAUGAGAGGUCAGAGGCUCAGGUGCAAGCUGGACUGGCCCGGCAACAGAGCCAGCCAGGUCAUUCUGGAAUUGUCCACCGUCAGCAGAGCCAUCCAGGGAUGGACCACCAGCUACAGAACAAGUCUGUGGUCGGCAAGCAACACAGCAAGACAGCCAUUAGUGAGCGUCAAGUGAGCCAGGCUGCAGCUAGCCGCCAUCAAGAAAACCAGCCUGGGAUUUUGCAUCGCCAGAACCAAUCUGGGAUUGUCCAGCAGAAGGAGAACCAGUCUGAGAUUAGUCACCAGCAAUUGAUUCAUCCUAGGAUUCCACGCCAUCAGCUUAGCCAGCCUGGAAUUGGACAGCAUCAAGAAAGCAAGUCAGGGAUUGGUCAUCAUCAACAGAGUCACACAAUAACUGGCCAUCCUCAAGAGAGUCAGCCACACAGUGUGCACAGUCAGCAGAGCCAUCCUAUGUCAGUCCAUGGUCCAUGUGGGACAUCCCAAGAAGACCUGGAUACCUCUCCAGUGGAAGCAGAAGAGAUUCAGGAUUCUCAAGAGUACGAAAAGAUUCAAACUCUGCUAAAAACAAUUGGUCUAGAUAUGGGGGUGGCUGAAAUCGGCAAGCUGGCUGCACGGACUCAGGAGCGCUUGCAUGGGAAGAAACCACCAGGAGGGUCUUCUUGUUACUCUGAUGGAGAAAGAGGACGCAGGGUAUCAGCAGGCAGAAACUGGGAGAACCAGCGCAGCCACAGCCAUACCAAGUCUCCUGAGUCUGAUUACAACCAGUCAAUCUCUCCAUCCCCUACUAGACGAGCCUCUCACAGUGAAAAUCUUUCUUCCUUCACAUCAGAGUACAGUGUUAAACAGCAUGAAAAAAAGGGAUGGGAAAUCCCUGUUUUAGGGGAAAAUGUCAAGCCGGCUCCAAUAUCAUCUGCCUCUGUCCCCCCUACAACUGCCCAACCUAAUGCCUCUUUACCUCACACACCUACUUACUCAAUGCCAUCAUACUCUCACUACCAACCUCCACUAGCCACACCAAACUUUCCCCCGCCUGGCUAUGAUCAGUACGGAAAUUACAUGCCUUACAUGUCCACGGGUUGGCCAAUGUACGCUCCUCCAUCACAGGAGCCUCAACCGGGACCCCAACAAGGUGUUCCGUCUGGCCACCUGCCCAUCGAAGAACAGCAUGUGACAUCUUCGAGGCCCUAUCUCAGAGUCAUCGAAACGGUGUCCCUCAGUCAGACACAAGUAAAACCCAAGAAAGAAGAGUCUGCUCUUGUCCAAGUACCAAUGACAGAUAGACUGGAAAAUAAUUCAUCCAACCGCAUUGUGUUAACGGGACAAAAAAAACAACGGAGAGAAUCUGAAGAGAAAAAUAAGGCCAAUGAGAAGCAAAAGGUUAUAGAAGAAAGGGUGGCUUUGAAGAAAGAAAAAGAGGUCCGUUUGAAAAGAAAGGACCAUCUCAUGAAGGAACUGGAGAGAUUGCGAAAGCAGCAAGGAGAGCUUCUGCGAAAGAAGCGCAGGGAGAAGGACGGUCACAAGGACCCUUUGCUGGUGGAGGUGAGCCGACUUCAGGAGGAAGUCAUGCAGCAAAUCUCUGUGAUCCGUAAGGAGAACGAAGCAGCCGAGAAGAAGCAAGCAGAGCUGGACAAGGUGGCUCAGAUCUUGGGCCUGUACAUUUCUGACAAACAGAAAAAAACUCCCAAGGAUAUUAGAGAGACCCCUCCAGAGAAAAGAAACGAGAAACCAAAGAGCCCCGAAAAGUCCUUCCCCUCCUCCUCCUCCUCCUCCAACGCCUCCUUGUCUAAGGAAGGCCCCAGUUUGAAGUCGGCUCCUGGAAAACCCAAGUGUAAAAGCCCAAAUCGUUCCCAUCCUCCACUGAAGUCUGCAGACCAGUAUGAAUAUUAUGAUGCUGGUAAUCAUUGGUGCAAAAACUGCAACACGCUCUGUGGGUCCAUGUUUGAUUUUUUCACACACAUGCACAGCAAAGCGCAUAGAAAGACACAGGAUCCUUAUGACAGACCCUGGGCUUCAAAACCUCCCAAGGACAACAAACAUCAGACUGGAAAAACUGGGGAGAAAAUUGUUGUUCCUGCAAAAGGUUCUGAGUUUUUGACCGCUGUCAUAGGAUUUUACUGCCAGCUAUGUGAAGAGUUUUUUGGAGAUCAGAUCAGUGCUGAAGAUCAUGUUUCAAAUUGUAGUCAUAAUGAAAAAUAUAAGAAAUACGUUAAUGAAAACCCGCUGUAUGAACAGAGGAGGAAUCUGGACCGUCAAGCAGGUCUGGCGGUAAUCAUAGACAAUAAAGAGCGAAGACAGACAGAGCUGAAAAGGAAAAUGGAGGAGGAGCCCAAAGUUCUGAAAGAGGAAGAGAAGAAAGCAAAGUUAGCAGUUAAGAAGGAAAGUGAGGAGCCUGGGAGCCCCAUGGAGCUGUGUGAAAAGGCACCCGCACCUCUGAAAGGGGACAGCAACCCAAAGCUUGCGGUGCAGCUUAGGCUGAAAAAAAAACCUGAGGAGUCAGCAAAGAAUUCUGCAGACCCUGCCACUUUUGGAAAGUUCUGCUGGAAGAAAUCGGACAAGGAAGAGGAGAAAGUGUCAGAACCGACAACAGAAAAGGAAGAACUUGGAGACGGGAGCAAAGAUAAGGAGGAUGGGAAGGCUCAGUUUGGGAAAACAAAAACCAUUGCAAUUAAGCUCUCGGGAAAGACGGUUAUCCCCCACACCAGUGUAUGGAUGCCCUUUAGUACUGCCCCUGCUGUGGCAACCCAAGCAAAAAUCCGUCCUAACUUGCCUGCCCCAGUUAUGCAGCUCAGAAAGACUAGCGCCGCCGGAGUCAAUAAACCUGCCCCUUUAAACGCCUUCCUGUCUAUAAGACCCGCUGGUACCACUGCCAGCAAACCCCUACCUGUAGUCAAAAAUGAUCCAAAAAAGAAUGUUAUGUUGACACCUGAUCUUAUUUCCAAGGCAUUUUGUGGUGAGGAAGUUGUACUUAAAACUCCUCCUGUGGUGGGAGUAAAAACUCCUGCCACCACCACAGUAACAGAAGCAAAAACUCCAGUGGGGGAAGUAAAAAGUCCCACGGAGGCAGAAGUAAAAACUCCAGUGACAAAAAUCACUCCUUUAGCUGUGCCUGAAAAGAAAACCCCUUCCAUUUCUCAUCCAGUUAUGCAGAUAAUGAGUUUUAAAUCUGAUGUGGCAGCACCUGGUGUGCCAGAAAGUGAACAAAACUUGACCGUACUCGUCCGCCCUCCUCCGCUACAUAAGGAUCGGGGGGAGUCAACAAAAAAAAACGAGAAACCCAAAUCAAACUUGGCUGCGGCCAAUGCACAAGAUCUCUAUGAUAUUUUUUAUAGUAGCGGUGGGAAAGGUACCUCAGACGUCAAAAAUGCAAGUAAAAAUGAAAUAAACGUGGGAAAUACUGAGACGCGAGCAAAUUGUGGGGAAAGCAUUGUAUCUUGUAGUACGGAAUCGGAGAAUAAAAGUAAAACGUCUGACAUACUACUUUUUUCUGAAGUUGAAAAAAAGAAUGAGAAGCAGGGUAUCCAGAAAGAAGAAGAUAGUAAAGUUGAUCUCAGUAAAGAACUACCUGACAACAAAGCAGCUGGAAUCCAAAAUGAUGUCUUGGCUGGUAAUAAAACUGCGGAGACAGGUCUGAGUAAAGAUGAAACUGGUAAUGUGGAUGCUGGCAAAACAAACCAAGAAUCCGUGCCAGUAAUCUACAGUCCUGGUCAGGAUAUUUCCAGUAAUAACGUAACUGUGUGCAGUGGCAUCCCCAUUGAUGAUCCCAUCUCUCUGAUCACAGUACCCUGGAAUAAGGAAAUCCGUGGCCGGAAGAUUUUGGACAGCCUUGAAACCAGAAAUUUAAUGUCCUCUAACACAGAGUCACAUACCCUUAAUACAGAGGAGAAUCUCCCAAGUCACUCUUUUCUACACAUUUCUAGCAUUCCUGAAUCUCUUGAGCUAAAUACUCCAAGCGAUGACCCAGAACCCCUAAAGUUAGAGAUUACAGAGGGUGGCAUUUCUGUAGAUCUUGGCAGUUUUGAAACUCCUGCUUUGAAUUUUGAAACCCCUGACUUAAACCUUGAUACUUACGACUUUUGUUUUGAAACUGCAGAUUUAAAUAUUCCUGAAACUGAGACGGAGACCGUGACUCAGGAGGUACAAAAUGUAGUCGAAAAUGCAGAGGCUUUAACUUUGGAGAUGCCCAGUAAAUGCAGUGAUCUAAGCCCUGCAAGGCUGGAAGCCGAAUUACAUGUGCUGGAGUCUGUAGGUCAAAGUGAAAUCAACAGAGAAGAGGAGAUGCACAGUAUUUCAGGUCAUCUGAUGUUGGAAGAUAUUGGCGAGGUGGUUGGGUCAUUUGCCUUAGAAACGGAUACCCCUGAAACUCCUGAAAUAAUCUCCUCUCAGGAAGCAGAGCGGCCUGAGGGAGAGAUCACUCCUCAUACAGCUUUGGAAUCUCUUGAAGCCAGUCAGUCGGACAACGUUCUGGAGAAAGAGGCAAAGGAGCAGGUUGCAAGUCUUUCAUCUCUGCCUAAAGAUGAAGAUCUGAAGGAUCCAGGUCUCGUAGACAGCAUUUCCGAUACUGGAAAUAAUCCAUAAAAUGUUUUUGUUGUCACGGUUUACUGAUAUGACAUGUAUUUAACUUUCUCCACUCUUCUCCAGUUAUAUGUUUUGCUCAAGUUGUAUUUUAUCAUUUUGUUAUUGUUUGUUCUUAAGGCACGCAUGUAGAUGCAUUUCUUUUUUUAAGUUUCUUAUUUUCCAUUACUAUUACCAUUCCUGACAUCUGUAUUUUAAAAGUGGAAUUUACAAAUAAAUGUAAAGGUUACUUGUACUGUAUGUCUGUCGGUUCUGAAAAAGUAAUGUACAUAAAUUGCGCUUAUUCAUGAAAAUGUGUGCUUUUUCUGUUAAAAGUAGUGAUGGGCACCAAUAUCAAUAUUUUGAUAUAUCGAUAAUUUCCGUAUUGCAAUAUCAUCAGAUUUUAAAUUUUUUUGCUGCAUCAAUAACUUUUUCGAUUGAAAAUUGAGCUUUAGGUGAAAUAAACAUGGUGUAUCUAACUACUAAGCUAAACAUCAGUUUUCUUGAAGUUUUAACAAUAAUAUAAAUUUGCUAUGCUGUAAUGGAUUUAUUUUUAAAUAGAAAAACAGAAUAAUUUUUCACCGUAGCGAAACCGGAAAUAUCCGCCACACACACUCCUUAAAUAGUAUGGUAAGCUUUUAUUGCUAAUACUGCUAAAAUACUUAUGCAGUAUAAUCAAGUUUAUUUUAUAUUGAGACACAAUAAACCCUAUACAUACCAGUCAUUGUCAGCCUCAAAGGCAAAGAAACACCACACACAAGUAUUAUUUAAGCAUUUGAUUUCAUUGAUUGGCAUUUAGGUACAAAACGCUGUUUGCAUGCUGUAUUAAGUUUGGCACUAUUGGUCCAUCCGUAAGGUGUUAGUUACUUCACUGAUAUUAUGAAGCAAAGGAUCACCAAGUUGAAUGUAACUAUCUGUUAACAUUUGUUUAUAACAUAUAUAGCGCGGUUGUGUUUCUGUUUCGGAAGAAGUCGAUAUUAUCUAUCAAAACAUGCUCGGUGUCAAUGCCAAAUUUCCUAUCAUUGCCCACCACUAAAAAGGAGACUCAAUUUGUGUCCACAAAUUUAUUUUAUGAAAAACAUGCUAAAACAGGAAGGACAACAUUGGUAAGAAGUGAAAAAGAAAAGCUUGGCAUGGAAGGAAGAAACAAUUGGUAAGGAAGUGGACUGCGCCAUGGACCAAAGGUGAUUUUUAAAAAGCAUUUAACAUGUACAUUGUCAUGCUGCUGUGAUUCAGUAAUUGUUGUCUGUUACAGCGUACAAUGAAAAGAACUGAAGAUAUGGGAAAGAAAAAGAAGAGUUUUGAACGACUGGACAUUACAGACCAAGUCUUUGCCCAUGUGACUUAUACAUGUGCUAGUUGGCUUGAUCACUAGUGUUAAAAUGUUGGUUAUGCUUGUUUGAAACAACUAUUUGUUGUACAUUAAAUCAAAGUAUUAAAAAAAUCCUUGAUCAGUGUAUUCAUUAUGCUUAUUUUCAACGUUACUUUGCCUCUUUCAGGACUUAAUAUUGAGACAUCUAAACUAGAG